AUGGCCACCAGGGCGAGGAAACCAGCCCUCCAGAAGAAUACGACUCAGAUCCAGUGGUUUUCUGAAUCCAAGAAGCCCCAUCUCGCUAAACCAGCAGCACUUGCUUUCACAAGAGCAUCCACUGUGCCGAAGCACUACGACCUGGCUGGCGUGGUGCCCAGAUCCAGGAAACUUGGGUCAGAAGACCCCGCCGGUUCUUCUUCUAUAGCAGAAGAUCCAAAAUACGGUUUCCAGCUUCAACAGUUCCGUGGAACCUCCCCAAUUCGGCUCUGCCUUGAGGACAACCUCACCAGAACGGUAGUCCAGAAAGCAUUGCACCAGCUUCAGCAGCUUCAGAUUCCUGUUCCUGAAAUCCAAAACCAGCGCCCUCUGAGCAGUUACUCGUCUUUACAUGCACUGGCCAAGUGCCCUCCAGACGGUCACUGA